CCCCCGCACCCCCCCCCUCCCACUGCCGGCGCGGUACCCGCUGCCCUGCCGCGCGGCUCUGCCCGCGUCGCCCCGCCAUGGAGCAGGGGGCGACGGGGGGGCCUGCCGCCGCCGCUACCGCCGCCGCAACCACCGCCAGCACCGCCAGCACCGCCGCUUGUGGUGGUGGCACCGGAGGUCUGCUCCUAGCGCUGAGCGAGAGCGAGCAGCAGCGUUACUCUGAGCUCUUCUCGCGGUGCUGCCCGGCCCCCGAGGCGGCCGCCGGGGGCAGCAGCGUGGGCGAGUUAUUCCGGGCCUCACAGCUGCCCCCCGACACGCUGCACCAGAUUACAGAAGUUUGUGGAGCUAAGCGCGUGGGCUAUUUUGGUCCUGCUCAGUUUUAUAUUGCUUUGAAGUUAAUUGCGGCAGCUCAGUCAGGGUUCCCAGUACGGAUUGAGAGCAUUAAGAAUGAAUUGCCUCUGCCACAGUUUACGGCGCUGAAAAGUGAUAGUGAAGCACGUUACGGGACUCCAGCAGAACUCCAUGGAGUUAAAUUUCAGGUUCCACAUGCAAACUUGGAAAAAAAUUCCUACAAAAGAACAGAUGAAGGAGAUAAACAGGAACCUAAAUCUCCCCCAAUGUCUCCAAUCUGCUCACCCCCAGCUUCGCCGUCUACUUACCAGAGAAUACCCUUAACUUACGGAUAUGGUAAAUCAAGAAGUGGACUGGAGCAGCAGCAUGGAGCUCCUUAUGAAGUCAGACACACAACUCACCAGCAAGAUGGCCCAUCAUCAGGGAAUUACGGAGCCAAAACUGCACUCGCCUGUUCAACUCUUAAUCGGUCUCUUUCAGCGGAGCGGGAGCAGCAGGACAGCAGCACCCAUUACUUGGAUGACCCUUGGAGAAUAACAGAGGAGCAGCGAGACUACUACAUCAACCAGUUCAGGUCUCUGCAGCCUGACCUGAGCUCCUUUAUUUCAGGUUCUGUGGCAAAGAAUUUCUUCACAAAAUCAAAGCUGCCCAUCCCAGAGCUUUCUCACAUCUGGGAGCUUAGCGAUGUGGAUUGCGAUGGGGCGCUGACACUCCCGGAGUUUUGUGCUGCUUUCCACCUCGUGGUUGCAAGGAAGAAUGGUUACCAGCUGCCAGAGACACUGCCAGAGACGCUGCUGCCCGAGUACCUUCAAGCAGCUUCUUUGAAGCCCAUACGUGACUGUGCACUAUUUGAUUCUUAUUCCGAGUCAUUGCCAGGCAGUCAGCAGGCUCGGGACUUCAGUCGGACAGAGAAGGCAUCAGCUGAAGAGGUACCUGAUAAAUCAGCCUUGUUGCAAGAUGGAAAGAAAGAUGACAAACAAGCUCUUAAAGGAAGCAUCACUCUCAAAACGAUACCAAAGGAAUUUCAGCACUUGACUGUGAAAACAGCUGCUCAGGAAUCUAAUGCAUUUAGAGCCAGGCCACGAUCCAGGUCUUAUUCUAGCACAUCAAUAGAAGAUGCCAUGAAAAAGGGAGAAGAGCCUCCUACUCCACCUCCAAGGCCACAGAAAUCACAUUCCAGAGCUUCCUCUUUGGAUCUGAACAAAAUAUUUCAACAAAAUACACAAGCUUUGAGGUCUGGCUGGCUGCCUCCACCACCACCUGCACUGCCCCCUCGGCCUUCUGCAUCUCAGACAGAGCAGCCAUCUGAGGUUGAAUUACAUCCUCAGAUGAAUAGACCCCCGUCGCAGGCAGAAGAAAACAGUUCAGCAAAAAAGGAGGUUGUUCUUGCUCAGCCACCGUCCAAACCUGCCCGCAGGAAACUCUGGACGGAGACACAGGGUCUGGACACCCCUGAGCUUUCUCCCACUGUAAAUGUGACCUCUUCUCUGCCAGCAGUCAAGCCUCACCUCCCAGUCCAAAAACAGUCUUCCAAGCAGAAAAGGGCUAUUCAAACUGCUAUACGAAAAAACAAAGAAGCCAAUGCUGUGCUCGCCAGGUUGAACAGUGAGCUCCAGCAGCAGCUGAAGGAGGUUCACAAGGAACGAAUUGCCUUGGAAACGCAGCUGGAGCAGCUACGUCCCGUCACCGUCUUGUGACCUCCUGCAGCGCCGGGCAGCUGCGAGAGCAGAGCGGGUGUCCCGCCAGCCUUGCAAGGAGAGGAGCACGGCGCAGAGUAGCUCAGCAAAGCAAGGUUCUGCCUGCCAAGGUGGUGGCGGUGGGCAGUAUCAGCUCCUCAGGUUUCCCUUCACCCUGCUAUGUACGUUUGCUUUUGCAGGUGAAAGAAGUGCAGAAAACAACACCUGACUGCCAGAUAUUUCUGAGUGGGGGGACGCUUUGCCUUCUUUCCUCCCUCUUCCCAGCCUGAUGUGUAAUGGCAGUUUAUCACUGAAAUGAAUAACACAAGAGUAUUUUAUUUAUGUAAAGAAUUCCCAAUUCAUAUGCAUUCUGGCAGCACCUCCUGCCCUGAUCAUUGGGAGGUAGAGCAUUCCUGAGUUCUUGCUUAAAAUUAAAACUCAUCCUCUGAGAUGGGCUUCUGGAUGUUACUGAUUCCUGUAGGACUGUAUCAUGGUAGAGUACCUGUGAGUUUAAUGUACCACAGGAAUAAAACUAGACGUACAGAGUCUCUAUCCGCAAUCGUAUGUCAGAUAAUUAUUUUCUUAGUACCGUUUAUUACACAACCAUGGAUGUAUUUUAAGGUUAGAGAACUUGUAUUUUAUCAGUUCAAAUCAUAAGAGAGAACAGUAAAAAAAAAAAAAUUAAUUAUUUUGGAAAUUGCAAAAGAAAAACCUGCUUUUGGAGCUUUAACCAGUUCCUGUCACCAAUGUUUGAUCACUUGCUUGCAAAUGCCAGUGUCUCUGCAUACUUUUAGCAUAUUCGAAGUCACUGGUUUAUCAUGCUUCCCUUCUUUCUUUUUCUUUUUUCUUAACCCACAGUGUAUUUCUAACAAGAGAUUAAAAAUGGGUUUGAGACAUUUUUAUAAAAGCUGUUCUGUGUACGUUUGUAUUAGUCUGCUUUGUUGUCUUAACAGCUGCUGAUUUGUUUUAAGGAUAUGGAUGGGAACUGUAUUUCCAAAAGAGGAAAGAUAGCAAAAGUGCUAAUAUGAGGUUAUAAAAUGUGUGAUGGAAGUAAUUGCCUUCUACUGUGGGCUUUUGUUAAGGUUCCUCCAGCACCUUGCUGGAGAUACUACUGGUAGGAUGAAGCUGCAAAUGCCCAUGUAUUUUCAAAGUGAAGAACUGAAGAUAAAUCUUUAUCCUAGGUCUGAUCCAGAGCCAACUGAGUUCCAUGGGGAUUUUUCCAUGCAUGUGGUGGUCAUUGGCUGUGGUCUCAGUUCUCACAGUGGUAGCUGAGUAACUAAUGCUUUAUUUCUUGGGCCAAUACUCUUAGACCGGGUGACUUCAGACAUAAUGAUGUCAGCCCUGCUCCCUUCAUGGAUAUGAUUUGUGCUUCACUGCAAGUGAAUGUCACCUACUUGUUUGCCAUCUUAAAUACGAUUCUGUCCAUGUCUCUCCUGUUGUUCACCGACCUAAUUUAAGUGUCCAUGUUUGCCUCACAGAAACGGUGCAACAGUUUAUUACCAUUGUUGGUGUGACACUUUCUUCCUAUAGCUAAAGGAUGGCCCUGAGGCUGAGGGGAAGGAGGAGCAGAGUUGAAGCAGCUGAGUAGCUGUCAUCAUCCAGAGUGUAUUGGAAUGGCUUCAGUGGGAUAUCAUAGGACACCAGAGCAGCCAAAGAUGUGCUGAGCAAUAAGACUGACAUCAACGUGAAUGUUUAAAUUGGUAAGGAAACAGUCUACUUUUUCUGAAAAGGAUAUGGCUGUGGGACACAAGGAACAGCUGUUUGUCUGCAUUUGGGACUUCUUUUGUGUGACAGUUGCAUAGCUUGGGCUCAAACAGUCAUUCCUAGCCAGUAACACAACAAAAGAACUGCAGACCUUUCUGAGAAGCUGCAAAACAAUUGCUGCCCUCUUGCUAGUAGUGGUACUGUUAAGAAGUUACUGUCAUUUAUUUCAGAUGUUCAUAAAGUCGUUCCUGAGAUUUUAAUGAAAUGCUCACUCGUUGCUUUUUAGUUCUUACAUUGUUAUUCAGUUAAUAAACCCCUACUAUCUGAUAGGAAAUACUAGUAUGGCAUGUUUGUCUUUUUAUUUUGUGGGUGAUUUUUUUAAGGAAAGCUUUUCAGUGAUUACAAAUUAAUGUGCACAAUGCAGUAUUACAGCAGUGGAGAUCUUUUUCAUGUUUGAUAGGAGAUUCCUCUAGAAUAAUCCCUCAUUUAUUUCACUUGGAUUAUUUAUGGAACAGAUGCUGCUCAAAGGAAGAGUGGAAAAGUCUGCUUUAUAUAUUUUCUUCAAAUGUCUCUCUCCUAACAUAAUGGGGUUUUUUUUCCUAUUCAAUGGAAAUGAGCAUACUUGGUUAGCCAACAAUGAAAUAUUUACUCAGUUGUUACUCUACCACAGGACUUUAAUAAAUUAAAAAUUUAACCAUUCCUGUGUUUUUAGGGUUGCAAUCAAAUGCCCCACUUAGCUUCAAGGCCUAGAGUAUGAGUUGGUUUCUGUUCUGUUUGGUGAAAUGUCAGCUAUGAUGAUGAUACACUACUUCAUGUAGAGAGGAAAGUGAAAUAUCCGAGGAGAAAUGUUGGUAUGUUAUACAUACAAUGCAGGAAGUUAUUCUUCUGUAUGUCUCAGUAUUUAGGCAUUCAUUAUAGCCUGUGCAAAAUGAAAAAAAGUGUGUCUGGAUUUGUGAGGCUGCGAGCAUUUUGAAAGGGAGAGGAGAAGGCAUUGUGAAGCUACAGACAUAGUGCUUAUGGCAGUUGCUCCAUGCAGCCACAUUCAUGGUUACUGUUAACAGAACCUGGAUGGUCAAAAUUCAUGUCUAAAUCCAUUAUCACAGAUUUUCUCAAAAAAACAUUUUUCCUUUGGAAAAAUCUGGGUACAGCAAAAUCAUUGUUUCUUGCAGAAACCUUUACUUUAUGAAACUUUGGAUGGAAGGUGCUCCUAGGCUCAAGACAGACCAUCUGAUCAGAAAGGGAGACCUUGCGGGCAGUUAGCUCAAUGUUCAGGGCACUUUCUUGAGGUAUAAGAAAGUGAUCAACUUUAAGCCACUGAUGCACCUGACCCAGAAGAGCAACUAGGAUCUGCCUUUCCCAGCUUCCAGAUGGACCAAGGAGCAAGGGUAGCUUCCCAUGGGUGAGGUCUCAGCCUCCUCGGUUUGUGGUUUCUGUAGGUACUUUCAGCAGAGCAGAACACACCCAGCAAGAGAAGAUAACUGGGAACAGGAGCUGAAACACAGCUUCCUUGCAUUUGAGAGGACGGGCUGACCAUGAGCCUGAUGCCCCAUUCUAAGUCUUCAAUUUCCUGCAGCUCUUCUGGUUUGGGUCAUUAAAUAUUUUUAUCUGCAGGACAAGACUAGGCAGAAUAGAUAAGGAUCUUCCUCAGAGUGUGUUUGCUUUAUGGAUCUGUUGAUGUCCAUAUUGCCUGAUGCUUUUCUACAAAAUACUUGUUUCAGUACAUGGCAAUUCAGUGAUGAAAUGAGAAAAGUACUCAGCUAAAGGUAGUGACUGGUUGCCUUUGUACAUCAAGCUAUUUCUAUUUGGGUCUUUAAAUAAUGACCUGGUAAUUAAGCAAGGCAAACAGCUUCCAUUUCAGAGGCAUUCCUUUAAACAAGCUUUCUUUGAACAUACAUUAAUCCUUAAUGAUCAAUGUCCUUCUCCUAGUUAUUAAUUUUACACUAGGGUGCAGUGAAACAUUGCCACCUCUUUCCAGAUAGCUCUCAGUUCUCGCUUCCAGAGAGUAUUGGUGAUGUAGCAAGGAUGUUGAUGAUUAGUGGAUUCAGCCCUGUUGCUGAAGUUGGUGAAUAUAGUUUUUUUUAUCUCAAAAGAUUAUUUCCAAACUGUUCUUAAGUGUAUGGCAGGGCUUUUUUUCUUCUGUUGGAAAUUCUGUAUUCACAUUGUGGAGAGGAACUUGUUUGGCUGCCACCCAGGCAGUCCCUUGCAGGGCUAACCACUGUGGGGUGGUGACAACUUGCAGAACCCUAAAAGGAUGGUUAGGACUUGGAAUCCUUCACAAGAUGCAUUUAGGACGGACAUGAUAUGGAAAUUGCCUUUUGGUGGUCUAUAAACUGCUUUCCUCCCAGCUGAGCUUCCAGAUCAGGAGAAAAAGAGCCUGUAAAAGCUGCUAGUUGGGGAGUGAGGGGUGUCUUCUUUUCCAGCACUAUCAUCCCUCUGGCCUUCAGCUCAUAUGGUCCUUGACAAGAAAAUACACAGGGUUACAAAAGAAAGAAGAGAGGUCUUCAUGAGGCCACAUAUUUUGUUGACUAAAGAGUAAAAGUAUAUUUUCAGGGGAAAAAAAAAAGUCUUAAGUGAUCUAGUACCUUUGAGAAGAGAUGAUGUAUUUUGAAGCUAUUUCUCAUUUGUCUUCAGGAUAACGUGCUAUGAACAUAUGCAUUAUGUUUUACUCUGUUACUGAUUUUUUGAUAUAAAAAAAAUUGUAUUGCAAGCAUUAUCGUUGUUAAUCUAAAAAAAAUACCCCCAGGCUAUUAAAUAUUUGAAUUUUAACUUAUAAAGUAGAUAGCCAGAUUUAAGCAAUUUGUUUUCACAGCUGCAGACCGUCCACGUGGUAAGCUGCAAAAUGUAUAGUGUUCUAUACUAUGCCCAUCUAAUUUUGGAAUAUGUAUGUGAUAUGGAGCUGGGUGCUACAUUAAAAUAAAAGAGUCCAAUAAGUUCAAA